CUUUUCACACGUGUGUUUCUUCUUCUUCUUCCUUCUUCUUCCUUCUUGAUUUAUCCGAAAUGGCGGCAAGUUGACUGUGGAGCUUAGGAGUGGCUUAGGAGUAAGCUCCUGAGCUCCUAAUUUCGGUGGCAGAAAUGAAAUCUGUUCAUUUCUCACACCUUUCACCUCCAAUUCGUGCCUUCAACCCUAAUAAUCAUACUUCAUCAUCAUCUUUUUCUUCUUCUUCAAUCACUCUUCUCCAGCGCUGUAAAUUCAGCUCUGUUUUUCUCACCUCCACUUCCAGGCCCUCCCGCUCAAUCAUGCUUUGCGCUCCCAAUUCCACCAAAGCGACGUCGUCGUCGUUGUCCCAGUUCGAAUCGGUGGCAGCGGAGGGCAUAAAGGAGGCUUCUUUUCAGGUUCAAAACGACGCUUCGCAAAGUCCGUGGAAUGUGGAAGUCGGAAAACCUAGCGUUCCGUCUCCGUCGGUGGCCAAAUUAAGCUUGAGCGACCAGGCUUUCUUCCUCUUGGCCUUCGUCGCCUGCACGACUUCUGUGGCAUUUACGAGCCUUGUAAUUGCAGCUGUCCCGACACUAUUUGCAAUGGGGAGAGCUGCAAUAUCUCUUUCAAAGCUGGCGGAUACAGCUCGUGAAGAACUCCCCAGUACUAUGGCUGCCAUUAGGCUUUCGGGCAUGGAAAUAAGUGAUCUUACACUGGAACUGAAUGAUCUGAGCCAAGAGAUCGCUGAGGGGGUCAGCAAAUCCACUCAAACUGUUCAAGCAGCAGGAGCUGGGAUUCGGCAGAUUGGUACACUCGCACAGCAGCAGACUAUGUCAAUGAUACAAGAGAGGGCGAACCUGCCCAUCAUCUCUUUGCAACCAGCUGUUGUUGGAGCAGCAAAGAAGACUACUCGUGCUGUUGGCCAAGCUACCAGGAUCUUCAUGAAUAUAAUAUCUCCAAGGGACUCGGAGAAGGUCAAUGAGGAGGACAUUGAAAUUGAUAGGGUGGAACUUUAAGUUUGCCGCACUCAUAAUCAGUAGCCAUUUUUUCACGAACUUUGUGUGCAUAAUACUUGUACAGUUUCCAGAGCAUGUGGACCGACUUAAUUAUUUGUUAUUGGAAAUGUCCCGGAGUUAGGGAUAAGCAGUGAAGAUAAAAUUGCCUCCAUUGAAGUCCUAAGCUCCCGUUGCAGGGGUGGUCCAAUUGUUCAUAUUGAAGCUGUCAAAGGAGUAAGAAGUUCCUAAGCUCCUAUUGGAAAUGUGGUCUUUUUCUAAUGCAAGAUUUCUAUAUUACCUUUCCAAACUUAUGAGGUUGACCAGUAAAUUUAAAUGUUGAUAGAAUCUUUGAUUUAUAUGUAUUGAACCUUUACCCUAGUCAAGUGUCAAGGUAAGCUUGUUGAAAUUAGAACUACAAGGAUAAAUGUGAUAUCGAUUCGAAAUUAGAAGAACGGAAAUGGAGAAGUUAUGGGUA